ACCGGCUGUGGCUCUGCACUAAGCCCCUUCCCCGCGGGCUUUGGAGCCCUAUGCCCCCUCCGGCGAGCCCGGGGGCCCGGCUGGGGGCGGCUCGCGGUAGCUUCCGGGAUGCUGCUGGUUCUGCUGCUUGCUGCCUGUUGGGGGCGGGGGAUGCUGGCUGGCAGCCCCCCAGGCCCGGCGGUGCACAGCCUGCGAGGGAGCUGGUGGCUGGGCAGCGGGAACGGCUCGGUGGUGCUGAGAGGGGAUGUGCCCGGCUGCGUUCACACGGCCUUACUCCGCCAGGGCCUCAUCCAGGAUCCUUACUAUAGGUUUAAUGACCUGACCUACAGAUGGAUCUCCUUGGAUAACUGGACUUACAGCAGGACAUUCAAAACCCCUUUUGAUGUCAGGAAAUGGCAGAAAGUGAAUUUGGUUUUCGAGGGAGUAGAUACAGUAGCGCAAAUCCUGAUCAAUAAUGUCACUGUUGGGAGAACGGACAACAUGUUCAACAGAUAUAGCUUUGAUAUUACCAGUGUAAUCAAGGAGGUCAAUUUUAUUGAGGUCCGUUUCUUAUCAGCCAUUUCAUAUGCAGCAAAGCAGAGCAGAUCUCACAGAGCAUACAGUGUGCCUCCACAGUGCCCUCCACCUGUGCAGAAAGGGGAGUGCCAUGUUAAUUUCAUCAGAAAGGAACAAUGUUCAUUCAGUUGGGACUGGGGUCCCUCUUUUCCCAGUCAAGGAAUUUGGAAAGAUGUUAGAAUUGAAGCCUAUAACUUUUGUCACCUGAUCUACUUCACUUUGACCCCCAGCUAUGUGAAGAGUGCUCAGCAGUGGAGUCUUGAAAUAGAGUCUGUUUUUGAUGUAGUCAGCUCAAAGCCAGUUGUUGGUCUCGUGACAGUGAACAUUCCUAAGUUGCAAACACAGCAAACAUAUACUACAGAACUUCCUCCUGGAGAAGCCAGAAUUGUGCUGCUUGUAAACAUCAGUAAGAGUACUACAGUGCAGACUUGGUGGCCUAGUGGCCACGGAAACCAAACUGGAUAUGACAUGACAACAACUUUCAACAUGGGGGCAGGAUACAAGAUUGAGAAAUUUUCAAAGGCUUAUUUUCGAACAGUGGAACUGGUUGAGGAGCCUAUACCUGGUUCACCAGGCCUGAGUUUCUACUUCAGGAUCAACGGACUCCCCAUCUUCAUUAAGGGAUCCAACUGGAUUCCAGCAGAUUCUUUCCAGGACAGAGUUUCCUCUGAUAUGUUAAAGCUCAUCUUGCAGUCCACAGUUGAUGCUAACAUGAAUGCGCUUCGUGUAUGGGGAGGAGGAGUAUAUGAGCAAGAUGAAUUCUAUGAUAUCUGCAAUGAACUAGGAAUAAUGAUUUGGCAGGAUUUUAUGUUUGCAUGUGCCCUUUACCCAACUGACCAGAACUACUUAGAAUCAGUAAGAGCAGAGGUUACUCAUCAGGUGAAGAGAUUAAAAUCUCACCCAUGCAUCACUUUAUGGAGCGGAAACAAUGAAAAUGAGGCAGCUAUUGCAGGCGACUGGUUCUCUAUACCACAAGAUAAGAUGAAAGUUUAUAUCCUAGAUUAUGUGAAACUUUAUGUGAAGAACAUCCAAGAAAUUGUUAUUGCUGAGGAUAAGAGUCGUCCUUAUAUUACAUCCAGUCCCACAAAUGGCAAGGAGUCUGUUAAAGAAAGAUGGCUCUCCCAAAAUCCUUAUGACACCCAUUAUGGUGACACUCACUUUUAUGACUAUCUCAGUGACUGCUGGAACUGGACAGUGUAUCCUAAAACUCGGUUUGCCUCGGAGUAUGGAUUUCAGUCCUGGCCUUCCUUCAGUACAUUGGAAAAGGUCUCCUCUACAGAGGACUGGUCUUAUACAAGCAAUUUCUCCCUCCAUCGACAGCACCAUGCAGCUGGUAACAACCAAAUGCUUCAUCAGGCUGGACUUCACUUCAAGCUGCCCCAGAACACAGAUCCCCUAAAACUGUUCAAAGAUACAAUUUACCUCACUCAGGUUAUGCAAGCCCAGUGUAUAAAGGCAGAAACAGAGUUCUAUCGACGUAGUCAAAGUGAGAUAAUCAAUGGAGAGGGACAUACAAUGGGAUCACUCUACUGGCAGCUCAAUGACAUCUGGCAGGCUCCUUCAUGGGCUUCUCUAGAGUAUGGGGGCAAGUGGAAAAUGCUCCAUUACUUUGCCCAGCAUUUCUUUGCCCCACUGUUGCCUGUGGGAUAUGAAGAUGACGGCGUGCUGUACAUCUAUGGUGUGUCGGAUCUUCAUUCAGACUGUGAGUUGACGCUCCAAGUCACUUUGCACCGGUGGAGUUCUAUGGAGCCAGUGUGCACUCUUGCUAAAGAGGGUGUAACCCUUAAGGCAGGGAGUGCUGCCCCAAUUUACAAAGAGCCUAUAAAUGACCUGUUGAAAAGAUGUGGGAACUGUACCAGGCAAAGCUGUGUUGUCACCUUUUACCUUAUGGGAAAAGGCGAGCUCCAUGGUCCUGGCAACUAUCACUUCCUAUCUUCGCUGAAGGAUGCGGUGGGAUUGGAGAAAGCACAGCUCAGUGCCACUAUUUCUCAGCAAGGUGACCUGUAUGCUUUUGUUCUGCAGACCACAGCAGUCACUCCUUUUGUUUGGCUGGAUGUAGGGAAUAUACAAGGGAGGUUUAAUGACAACGGCUUUCUCAUGACUGAAAAGAGAAAAGUUGUGGUAUUUUAUCCGUGGGAGCCCGUCAGCAUUGAGGAACUUGAAAAAUCACUCAGCUUGACUUCACUGAUGGACAUUUACUGAGGAAAUCUCAUGUCCUCUGUAGGAAAUGCUUCCUGUAGUGGUAGCAGAAUAGAAACUGGAAAACUUCAAAGGAGUAUAACUAGGGCUCCGUGUUUGUCACAGAGGUUGCGGAAGUCACGGAUUCGAUGACUUUCCGUGACCUCCAUGACUUCUGUGGUGGCCAGUGUGGCUGACCCCAGGGCUGCCCAAGCAGCUGGCUCCAGGGUCAGCUGCUCAAGUGACCCCAGGGACAACAACACUGGCCACUGCUGGAGCAGUACCUUACCCAGCCUCUUGGGCCUGCAGCGGCCCCCUGCGGGUGCCCCCCCAGCAGUAACAUGCUCUCCCUGCCCCAAGAUUUAGCAGUAUAGUAAAAGUCAUGGACAGGUGACAGCUGUGAAUUUUUGUUUAUUGCCCAUGACCUGUCCAUGACUUUUAUUAAAAAUACCCGUGACUAAAUCUUAGCCUUAAGUAUAACCAAAGAUUAAGAGAUAUAGCAGAUAAACUGACCACAGAAUGUGUAGCUUAUGCUGUCAUUUGUACAUUCCUAGCUCUUGGCUUGAUGAAAAGAUGUCAACAGCAAAAUUCACAUACAAUAUAUAUCAUAUGUCGAGGGUGGUGCUACUUUCUCAGGUAACUGAAAAUUUAUAUACCAAGGGGUUCUGGUGCAGCAUGGUAACCAGGAAGUGAAGCAAGUAGGAUCUGUGAUAGUUUUAGAGCCCAGAAUAUCUCUCUAGCCUUAAUUUUUCACAUUUGUGUUUGUAUCCUCUGGCUCUCAGGACAGGGCGAUACAUUUCAAAUUAAUGUCUCCUGGGUUUGUCACAAGCCCCAAGUAAGAACCAGCACAACCCUGCUGCUCUGGGAGCAGAUCAGGGACCAGACAGUGACUCAAGAGUCCCAGUUAGUCCCUGGGUCUCCUUUGAUCUAAUGGAGAAGUUGCCUGUGCGAUCCCUUUUCUCAGUGCAGACCGCUACUUGUUCCCUAUCAAUACACCUGUGCCAGACAGUGUGUCUCUACCGAUAUACCUGUGCCUGACCCCAGGGAGACUUCUUUCCUCUCCAUGCGGUGACCUACAGCAUGGGAGUUAGGGAGAAGAGGAGAUUGUUGACAAAGCCACAAAAAAUAUAAAAUGAGGAUGAGAUGAGACUGUGACAGCAACUGAACAGAAUAUUUUUUUAUUUUUAUGACAGAAUUUGUCAUUUGAAAAAAUUCAGCUACUUCUAGUACCCUUGGCCAUAGCAAAGCAGUCCUUCAUCUCCCCAAGGAAUCUAAAUAUGGUUUUAUGUGACGUUCCUAAGGUUUUUCACUAUUCCGUUCUUCAUACACAAUUUUGUACCUUUACCCUGCCCCACUCAAACACGCCCCACAAGUUCAGAAUGCAGCACUGCAGCGCCCUCUGGUGUUUAUCAUAGACUUGAAGGAACACCCCUGCCUGACUCCAGAAUGUCACACUAGUGAGCAAUGCACUUUGCUGCAGAGUGCUGAGUUAACAAGGGCACCUAAACUUUCUGAGACGUCUUUUAAAUCAAAGGAGCCUUUUGUGAAGAGUUGGAAUGGAGAGAGGAUCUUUGCCGUGCUCUGUGAAUCUGGAGGGCGUUUGUUUUAUGUGUGUGUAUUUUACAAAAGAGCUCGUUGUAUGUUCCUACAGUAUUCAGGGGAAACAAGUAAUAUUGCAAAUUGAAAUGAUCUGAAAAGUAUAUUUUAGUGUUUUUAAAAGUUUAAAAUAAUCCUUCUAAUGAAUGUUGUUUUCAGUCCAGACCUGUAAUUCAUUUAAAAAUAAAUGCCAUUUGGUUAAGGAUGCAUUAA